GCGGCGUCGGGCGGGAGCCUCGCCGCACGGCGCAGGCGGGCCGAGCCGUGCGGUGCCGGGGAGGAGCGCGGCAGCGCUCGUAGGAGCAGCCGGCGCCCGGCUGUCAGGAUGCGGCCGCAGAGGGGAGGGGAACGAGAGCGGCGGCGCCUACCCCCCGCGGAAAAGAGAAGUUAAAAAGCCAGCGCGAAUCCUCCGCCUUCCUUUCCCCGCCUGACUCCGAACCUCUGGCGACUCUCUCCACGUCCCACCCCCGCCCGCCCUGCCGGUGCCACCGCCCCGCCCGGGCCGCCGCCGGCGGGGCAGAACGUGGAGGGCAGCGGUGCGAGCCUGCCCCGCGGAACCGGGACGCCGGCGCUACCGGUAGGGGCGGGCGUUUGGGAGUCGGUGCCUGAGGCGCCGCGUCCCGCCGAGCCGCCCGUCUGAGAGGACUACGCCAGCUGCAUGGGAGGAGAUGAGCGUGGCGGGGAAACAGCCUCCUCCAGCACCGCUCGAGCGCCCCGGCAGCCUCCUCGUCCCCACCUGGACUAAAACUGGUAUUGCAUUGUUGUAUGAUGAAGUAUCUGAAAAUGCUUAUGACAUCCGACUGAAGCUUACGAAAGAGGUAUUAACAAUUCAAAAACAAGAUGUCGUCUGUGUUAGUGGAAGUGAUCACAGUGCAAAUCACAGAACUGUUACACUUCAUAGACAACCAGUUGGUGGCUUGGGCUUAAGCAUAAAGGGUGGUGCUGAGCACAAAGUGCCUGUCGUCAUAUCAAAAAUAUUUAAAGACCAAGCAGCUGACCAAACAGGAAUGUUAUUUAUAGGCGAUGCAAUAAUACAGGUUAAUGGUAUAAAUGUAGAAAGUGCUACCCAUGAAGAAGUGGUACACCUACUGCGAAAUGCUGGCGAUGAAGUUACCAUCACUGUUCAGUACCUCAGGGAUGCUCCAUCAUUUUUAAAGCUCCCAUUAGGUUCCCCUGGACCAUCCAGUGAUCACAGCAGUGGAGCUUCAUCACCUCUCUUUGACAGUGGCUUACAUUUAAAUGGAAACUCGACUAACACUGCUCCAUCAUCACCUUCUUCACCCAUAGCUAAUGAACCAAAAUAUGAGAAGCACUGGCUAGACACCUUAUCAGUUCCUCUGUCUAUGGCUCGGAUCUCGAGGUACAAAGCUGGAACAGAUAAAUUAAGAUCUAAUGCAUUUGAAGUGCUGGCACUCGAUGGAGUUAGUACUGGGAUACUUCAGUUUUAUACAGCCCAAGAGAGUGCUGACUGGCUGAGAGCAAUAUCAACUAACAUCAGUGAUUUGACACUUCAAAAUAUGAAAAUGGCAAAUAAAUGCUGUUCUCCAUCAGAUCAGGUCAUACAUAUGGGAUGGGUAAAUGAGAGACUUGAAGGAACUGAUUCAUCUCAGCUUUACAAAUACAAAUUUCUGGCACUGAAGGGUUCAUCCUUCUACAUUUUCAGCACUCCACCGGUAAGCACACUAGACUGGGUACGAGCUGAAAAAAUCUAUAACCUCUGUGAGGUUCUAUUUAAAAUUCACAAGCUCUGGCUUGCUGAUGAUUGCUGGCUACAAGCAAACUUAUAUUUAGGUAUUCAUCAGGACUUUGAGCUUGAAGACCAGAGGCCAUAUUGUUUCAGUGUUAUGGUUGGACAUGGCAAGAGUCAUUAUUUCAAUGUAGAGCUGGGCAGCGAGUUGGCAGUCUGGGAGAAAUCAUUCCAAAGAGCGAUUUUCCUGGAAGUUCAAAGGACAGGGUCUAAAACAUACAUGUGCAGUUGGCAAGGGGAUACUCUGUGUUUCACAGUCGACUUUGCUCUGGGAUUUACCUGUUUCGACAGUAAAACAAAGAAUGUUCUGUGGAGGUUUAAAUUCUCUCAGCUCAAAGGCUCUUCAGAUGAUGGGAAAACAAGAGUAAAGCUGCUUUUUCAAAAUCUGGACACCAAACAAAUUGAGACAAAGGAACUUGAAUUUCAGGAUCUGACGGCAGUUUUACACUGUAUUCACUCCUUUAUAGCAGCAAAAGUGGCAUCAGUGGAUCCACUAUUCAUAGACAGUCAGAGUAUUGCGAGAAAAUAUAUGUACAGUAACUGAUAUCAGAUUAUAUGUUGUGACUAUGGAAAACAAAUUAUUUUCUUAAAGAAAGUAGUUAUUUCAUGCACAAUAUUGCAACUUUGUGAUUUUAUAAGGAGUCUAUAGUUGUGUUAUCUGUAACAUUAAGAGUUUUCACAAUCUGUUAAACAUUUUGAAUCAAUAAGUUAAUUAAUAUUAACCCAAACUGAAUCAGUUUGUCAUCUUCAGCACUUAUCUAAAAUUCUAAGUGAAUAUUUAUUCAAUAAUAUUUGUGGUAUAAUUUUGAUUUCUGCUGUCAUGGUCAUACAUACUCCCUCUUAUUAGAUGGAAAUGUGGAGUAACAUUUGAAAAGUGUGUAUCCAACAUUUGACCUCUAGGUCUGUUUGAAAAAUGCUGGGCUCACAGACAAUUUCUACAGCCUUUGCUCUAGAAAAGAUCUAAUUACUGAAGACUACUGUAGGAAUUGAGCUUUUAUCUUGUUUCUAUAUGCUAGAAAAGUUAUAGUUCCAUGGUACAGUUCUUCUGAGGCCUGAGAGUUUUGGUCUGGCAAAACACUGAGUACUCUAUUUCAGACUGAGGAAAAGACUUAAGCACACACUUGACUCUAAGCAUAUUAAGUAGCCCCAGUGUAUGCACCAGGUAAUGUUAAGUAUGUGUUUAAAUAUCAUGGUAGAUCAACUGAAGAGCUUUAGUCUCUGCUGAAAAGCCUCAGUUUUAAAAAACUUGCCAUAGGGUUUUCUUAUCUAUUAAGGCUUCUAUGAAUCCUUUAUUGACUCAUAGAUUGCCUUGACGCUGUCCUUUGAUGUGUUGCUCUGCGUGGCUGAGAACAGCUUAUUUAAAGAACAGCUUUUGUUUGGAGGAGGAUGCUCCCACUAUAGGGUGAACAUAACAAAACAUAAAGACUUUUUUUUUUUUUUUCCUACAGCUCUAACCCUGACUUAUACACAAGUGAAGUGGGUUUUGUCCUUGCUAAGGAAAUAAUAUGGUUCUAUUUUUGACAUACUCCUAACAUUCCUUCUGAAAUCAUCUUCUGAUAUACACAGACAAUACUUCCUGCUAUGGAAAAAAACAUAUAAAAGGAAAACAUUUAAUCUUAGUGCAUAUUCCCUGUAAGUAAUACCAAAUAUUGCAGGUUUCUGUGAUAGAAGUCUCAGUUGUUCUCAAGUGCAGUUUUGAGGAAACAUCAGUCUUUUUUUUUUUUUUUUGAGAAAAUAAAGCAAUAAAAAAGUCAAGCAAGAAGAAUAACCUAGAUAAAAUGGAUAUGGAGCAAAUUAAUAUAAUCAUUUAGGUUGGAAAAGACCUUUAAGAUCAUAGAACCAUAGAAUGUCCUGAGUUGGAAGGGACCCACAAGGAUCAUUGAGUCCAACUCCUGUCCCUGCAUAUGACAACCCCACAGUUCACACCAUGUGUCUGAGGGUGUUUUCCAGUCUCUUCUUGAACAGUGUCAGGUUUGGGGCUGUGACACCUCCAUGGGGAGCCGGUUCCAGUGCUCCAGCACCCUCUGGGUGAAGAAACCUUUCCUAAUGUUCAACCAUUGCGUCAAAGUCCUCCCUAAAUGUUAGGAGUCUAGUAAAGUGUUCUGCUAAAAUAAAAGCCUGAAGUUACUGUAUCCCAAGGAAAAGAGGUAGGUGCCAUUAAAAGCUCUCAGUUGAGGAGUGGGUUUACAUAACUUCAGUGCUUAAACUUAGAGAAAUUCCCCCCCUCAGGUACUAAGGUAGGUAGCUGUCUUGGCAGACUGCAAUGGGGCCUCAGGCACUUACUUUAAAUGGGUGAUUAUCUAUCCACCUAAAGCCUAGGCACAAGUGCCUAAAGUAGGUGAUUUGAUCCUACCAUAAGGACUACCUGUUGCCAAGUGUUAUCCACAGAGAAAUUAACUUUAAAAGUAGAGACUCUGCAAUUCCAGUGUUGUUUGUGGUUCUAAUGUUUGCAAGGAAGCAUAGUAGGAGUGCUAACUCCUGUUUAAAACAAUAGUUAGCAAAAUUAAGAAAUAUUUUUAUUAAUUGUAAAUAAAUAUUUAUAGGCAUUAUAGUAUUUUUUUAAAGAAUAUUAUUUCCAUUUUAUAUUACAUUUUAAAAAGAAAAGAAGUCUUUCUUCAACAUGCUUUUGCUCAAAAUGUUUCAUUUAAUUUUCAGCUUUCCAUUUUAUUUUCAGCUCUUCUUAUUUACUGAGAUUUUGACAUUCAAAAAAUUAAAGCAUAAAAUUAGAAUAGCUUUCUUACAAUCAGUUCUCUGUUAUUAACAGUUAUUAACAGUGACAGAGUGUCUGUAUGAUAGAGAAUAAUGGAAUUCCUUCACUUUUGUUUUUCUGCUGUUUUUUCAAAUAUGAAGAAGUUUAACACUGAUGUGGAAUGGUAGAAAACUGUACCAGCCAGUACUGAACUGAUAAUCCAGUCAGGCCUCUAGACUUAACAUUUUAAGAAUCAUGUGAUUAAAAACACAGCCUAUCUCCCCAAAUACUGUAAAUAAAAACUUAAAGCAAAUUAAGCUUAGUUUAUUAAAAAAAAUCUUCCGUUUCUACCAAAAAAGUUCUGCAAUUCAAAACCAGCUUUUUUUUUUUUUUUUUUUCAAGAGAAGCUGGAUAUUGCACAUUUUCAUUAGCCACCUUCAGAUAUGUCCAAAUCACACUCAAGGAAUAUUAGAGAAAAAUUUCUUAUGAAUUCACCCUCUGGAUUUUAGGGUUGUUAAUUCUUCAAACAUAUUUUAAAUGAGAAACCUUCAGAUUCUUGUUAGCUCACUUGCUUUUUGCUUCCUUUCACAUUCUGCAAUAAUCUCAAAGUGAGGAUUAAAGGACAGUCUUCUGGGGAAGCUCCCAGAGCCUGGGAAAAGCUUAACAGACUGCUGGUUACUCAGCCAUUGUAUAGGUUAUAUAUGACUAUCAUAGCACCUUGCAUUUUUUUGUAAUUCUCUUAAUAGAGUCACAUAUGCCUCAUGUGAAAAUGUUGUGCGUCCAAUUUGUUUGGUUGCUUAUGUUCAUUUCUUACAUUUUUUUAUUGUCAGAAAAGUGUAUUGUUUUAUUAUUGUCUUCAGAGUGUGUGUCAUAUAACUUGUAUAUAUUUUUCCUAUUUAAAGAUCUUUCUUGAGUAUUUACACAAUUUUUCAGUUCAAUAAAGACCUCGGAAUAGUAGGAUUCACAAACCUAAAUAGAUCUGCUGCUAGGUAGAUACCUUCCACAGACACCCCUCAGGAAUUCCACCCUGAGGCAGAGGACAGAUGCUUCAUGGUGACUGGACAGCUAGAAUGUCAAAUAUUUAAUUGCCAAUCACAACAGAAAACAAAAUUUAAUAUGCUUUGUUACAUACUUGGGAUAUAUUAAAGUUUAGUCUUAGUAUCUCAUUAUUCAUUAGUGGAUAAUUUUCCUUUUUUUUUUUUUUCCCUAGGGUGACAAAGUGGUACCAGAAUUGAAUAAGGGGUAGGAGGAGAGAGGCAUUUCCUACAGCAGAACUACAAAUAGCAGGCUGAGGAAAGAAGCAUAAAAACAUAGGGCUAGAAAAUUGUGCACCAUCACAAAAUCAAUAUAGCCACUCAUGACUAGAAACACAAUAAAAAUGGGAUAAUUUCUAUAUGUCCAGAUCAUCUUUAUGUCUUUUAACUUGGUUAAAAGGCUAAAAAUAAUCCCAUUUGCAAACAUGAUUUAGAGCAAGUAGGAAGUACCAUUGAUUUAAAUCAGAGCAAGGGUCAUCAGCAACCUAUAAAUUAAGGAGUGGAACAGCAUGGGCUUGAGCACUGAAACUGAAUCAUACUAUUGAUUUAUUAAAAUAGUUUCUGGCAUUCUUUGCUCUACAGUCAUUAAAAUCUGCAGAAAAAGUCCUGUGCACAGUCAUAAGCUACAGUCAGGUCAGGUCUGUUUCCAGUGAGUGGCUUGGUUAUGCUUCCCUCUUUAAAACGCCAGAGGGUUUAAUAUAGGGGAUGUGGCCAGAACCUGCCAGAUGUCCUCAGGGAUAGAAAACAGGCCAUGACAAUUUUAGUUGCAAACUUAGAUGUUGCCAGAGAGUCACACUGACUUUGGUGGAGGCAGGACCUCAGCUGUUGUAUCUGGCCUUUAUUAUUUAAUUUUUAUUUUUGCUUAUAGUCAUAAAGCAUAAUAUUGAGGCUGUGCUGAUCCAAAGCUCAAGCUCUGGAAACCUGACUUAAUUCUUUUCUCACUAUGGUCUUAGAAAAAGAAAAAGUAUUUAAAAGUGAUUUCCACCCUUGUGUCAGUGCACCUGAAGCUUAAACGAGAAUUUUUUGAGGCGAAGGGCUAAGCUCUGACAAACUUUGCAACUGUAAUUCUGAAAUCCUGCCUUAUAUCUGUUCUCCAUUAAUUUGUAAGUAACUUCAGACAGGUCAUGCCUUUUCCACAAAACCUUUAAUGUGAAGUCUGGUCUUUGUAGUGCCAUAAGCAGUGUUUUAAAAUGCCUGAAUUUCUUUUCAAGUACAUUUACAUAACUGCUUCUACUAAAAUACUGUCAGUAUUUUAUAACACCUCCCCACAUGCCUGAAUAUCUCCUCUAUCACAGCGUUUGAAGUGGGGUGUGUGCAAUGGCAAUACAAUUUUUCUAUUUUUGUUGACUGCUGUGGUUGAUUUUUGGUUUAAUAUAGUUUGUCCAUGUCCUUCAUGAAGCUUUUGAGGGCAGAGAAGCUGAAUGUUAGAAAGGAAACCCUUUCCUCCAUGCUCUCAUGACAGGCAAAGAGAAGUCAUUGAUGAUUUCUUUUCCUCUUUGCAAUGCAUGAAAACUGUACUAAAACACUGCAAAAAUGAAAGCAGAAGAGGGAUGGACAGAGUGUGCAAUCUUAAAAUGCUCAUUUCUUAGGCAUGCAAGAAAGAAGUGCCUAUCAUUCUGAAGUUUCAUAGAGAAACUCUUCUUUCGAUGUGGUUCUCUUACUUUGCUGUUCAUCAAGUUACAGCUGCUGAAUAGGAAAAAUAUUUCAAAGAAAAUAAUGAAAAAUGCAUCAUCUAAUUGUGUAUUUUGUUUCUUAACCUUUGAUUCAAAAAUGUUUAGGUACUUUUGUGUUCAAGCAUGUAGAGAAGAGAUUAUCCUAUGUGAAGUAAAAGACCUUGUAGUAAGUUUAUUAGAAAGUACAAAAGGGAUUUGUGUAGCAUGCAAGAUGAAAUUGAAGAUGUAUUCUAAUCUAGUUCAACUAGAAAAAUUUUGCAAGUAAAAUCUUUUCAUUAAAUUUGAAGUUAUUAAAUUCCAUGGACUUGAGCCAAAAUCCACUGCUGUUGUAGGUCUUAGUGACUUAAACAGGACUUAACAUGAAAAAAUACAAAAAGAUACACAACUUCAAAUACUCUACAGGAAAAGAAAAAUGUUUUUCUAAUAUCCCCUUGGUGCACAGCUGCCUACAUUGUCAGUAAAAGGAUUCACUCCUACAGAAAAAAAAUUGCUGACUUUUCAGUAAGGAAUCAAACUCAAACUAUUUGGACUGAAAGCUGUAAUCUUUGUAUUUGAAAAGGCUGCCGUGGUGCCCUGUAAGAGCUGCAGUUAUGCAGGUUUUCAGAGCUCUAGUGUAGAUGUAUCACAGAUGCUUUUCUUCUGUGCAAAAUUUGAUCUGUUAUACAAGUCUACGCUACAUCAGGAGCUACCAGGGGCAGAAGUGUCUCAGCUGCACAGAUCUGCAGAAUUACCAGACAGCCAAGAAGGGUAGGGAGGUUAAAUGUAAAAACUUUAUUUUUCUUUCCUGGUUGCAAAUUAUUCUUGGAAUAUUAUUUCUGUUAUAAAUUUCUAGGCUAGGUAGCUGCCAGGUUUUUACAUAUCUCUAAAUCCUCAGAUGUCAUGGAAACAUCCUGUUUGAUGCUUAUUAAUGAAUUAAUGUGAAAAUCAGGCAUAUAGUCUGUGUUUAUCAGCUGGUCUGAACUCUCUAACUGGUGCAAAGAGACUGGCAGUUCCAGGGAGUGCUUUACUCCCUCCUGCACUAGAUGCCUAAAACCAGGGAAUUGAAUCAUGUUCUGAAGCAUCAGUUAUCUUUCUGCAUCAAGCAGCCAGGGUUUUCCUAUGCUAUAACAUGCUUUUUUUUGACAGCUCAAUUUCACAUAGAUAGCCUUAGUGUCAGAUUCAUACACUAAUACAAUAAAAAGUAGCAAUCAUGAGGCAUGUUGGAGGAUUGUGAGAAAAAAUUAAAACAAUCCUGAAGUGAAUGGGGUGAAUCAGAAGUUUGUCAUCCCCUUAAACAGGCAGAGGCGGGGGAAGUCUAUUUUUCCAGCAAGCAGUUACUACUAUUUCUAAAAUGAGGCAGUAGAAAAUGUAUUUGUUUGUAGAUGGGUUCUGUGUCCUAAGGGAUACACUGACUCUUGGAACAUCAAGCUACUCAUGAAAAAAAUAUUAGAGAAUUUCCACUGUGUCUUUAAGCACUUUGUUCAAUUAACAUUCAGAACCGAGCUAAAUUACUGCCCUUUAGUAUACCCUAUAACAUCAAUAAGCAGAGUACAUAAUCAGCUCACUGUUUUCUCUUUGCACAGAAGCUGGACAAAUAUUCCCCAGCUGAGUUGAUAUGAGUAUUUAAUUGGUUUUAAGGGUAAGACUUUCCUGUGUUUUAAAGCAGAAAUACUUUACUGAACCAAUGUGUUUAGUCAGAUUAUUUUAUUGUUGGAUAAAACUAGAAAAAAAAUCCUGUUCCUUAAAUGUUUCUCACCAGGACUUGGAGACAUGCCAUGAUUUGCAUUUGUCUUGUACUCUAGCUAUGUUCAAUAUUAUGAAGAAUUUUCAGAGUAAAGGUAGCAGUUUUCCCCAUCUGCCUGCUACCAAAAGCACAGUGGCUUCCACAAAAGCCACAGCACUUACUAUAUAGUAGCACAUAAUGCACUUGCUGUACAAGAUAUACUAAUGCUUUUGUACAAUGCAAAUGGGGAAAUAUAUGUGAUCAGAGAGAAGCAGAAAACUUAGUAACAUGGAAACAGCUGCAGGGUUGAAUGUCAAAGGCAUUUCUGGGCUUCAGUUUUUUGUGACAGUCAAUGAUAUUUUUAUCAGCAUUUUUAGCAUUAUUACAGAUUUAUUUCUCCCCAUCACCAGGAUAUUCAUAGCAAGAUUAAAAAAAUGAGUUAAAUUCAUAACCAAGCUUGUAUUUAAUUUGCCUCAAAAUACUCUUAAAAGUUCUUUAGUUUCAUUACAAUCUUUUCCAUCCUAACUCUAGAAAGCCAAGUACUUCUAAUGCCUUUUGUUGCCACAUUAACCAUUUUUAUUCCCUCAAUAUUUUUUUAAUUUCUUUUUAAUCUCUUAAAAAGUUUCUCACACAGUUUUUAUGUCCUGUGGAGAAAGAUCUACAAUUGCAAUCAGGAAAUCACACCACAAAUCUUAGCUUUUGAAUGCUCAUAUGAGAAGGAUGUAAACAAGGUUUCUCUGCUUUAUCAUUAAGAUCUUUUCCUGAUUUUCCUCCUGGAAAAACUUACAUCAUACUUCAUUUUUGUCUAGUGUAUUCUAGCAGGCACAGCAGUGCGGUACAUCUUUCCCCUUGCUAAUUAGUGUACGUCCCUCAACAACAGAUGCCUUCUCAGCAGCAGUAAAUCCAUUUAUAUGGCAUGCUCUCUUAUGAUUUUACUUCAUCUAACUAAGAGACAUGUAAGCAUCCUGGGUUUUUACACUUUCUGUAUCUAAAUAGCUUUGCUAACCAAAAUCCACUGGUUCUUUGCACUCAGAAUUGCUUAGUUCCUUUGCCUUCAAAUGAAAUGUGCUCCUAGUUUGACAUGACUGAUAUUUUAUUUCCUAAUAUCACAGAAUCACAGAAUCACAGAAUCGACUGGGUUGGAAAAGACCUCAGAGAUCAUCAAGUCCAACCCUUGGUCCAACUCUAGUCCAUUUACUAGAUCAUGGCACUAAGUGCCAUGUCCAAUCUCAAUUUAAAAACCUCCAGGUACAGCGAGUCCACCACCUCCCUGGGCAGACCAUUCCAAUGCCUGACCACUCUCUCUGUAAACAAUUUCUUUCUAAUAUCCAGCCUAAAUUUCCCCUGGCAGAGUUUAAGCCCAUGCCCCCUUGUCCUAUUGCUGACUGCCUGGGAGAAGAGACCAAUCCCCACCGGGCUAUAACUUCCCUUCAGGUAGUUAUAGAGAGUGAUGAGGUCACCUCUAAGCCUCCUCUUUUCUAGACUAAACAACCCCAGCUCCCUCAGCCUCUCCCCAUAGGUCUUAUGUUCAAGUCCCUUCAGCAGUCGUGUUGCCCUUCUCUGGACCCGCUCCAGCACUUCAAUAUAUAGGCAAGUAGGCAAGGUAUAGGUGUUUUUAUUGUUUUUUUUUAAUGUUCUUUUAAUAAGCACGGUAUUUUCUCUACCAUCCACAGCUGCACAACUUUACCAACAGUGCUUGCAAAAUAUUUUGUCUGAAAGUGCCUGUAUGUUAAACCGUGUAUAAUAGGGGGUCCCAUUUUUCCUUAAUGCUUGCUAAUCAAUUGCUUCAAUUUUGUUGGUGCAUCUUCUUAUGUGAUAACAUGACCCUUUGAUUUGUCACGCCACUUCACAUUUUUUUCAAGCUCAUUUUUCUGAAAGAUUAUAUGUUGUGUUCGUUUGUUGUAGCUCUUUCAAAAAAAACAAUCAACCUUUGUUCAUUUAUAAUAACAUUCUCAUAUCUUGGUCUGAAAAAACACAACUGUCUUAAAACAAAAAAAUCUGUGUAGUUGUUCUCAAACAAUUUGCCUCAUUGAUAUUAUUUUUAUUUCUCCCUUCUUUGACAAAAAAAAAAAAAAAGAGAAGAAAUUUAAGAUUUGGAAUUUUUAGUGCUCUUUUCCAUCCCACUCUUCUUUUUCCCACAUUCCUUCCUUUUUUUUAAAUUUGACAUUCAAAGUAGACCAAACAUUUUCUAGAAAACAAACUGGACAAAUUAUGUCUCUGUGACAUGAAAAUUUUCCCUCCAAAAUCAAAUAUUAGGACUUCGAAUUGUAUGAAGAAAAAAAAAAAUAAUUACAUAGGGCAGGUCAAUGUUCACUGUUCUUCAACACCACGGAGUUUGGGAACUGCCAGAACUGGCAAUCUAUGUACUUUCAUUAUUUUGAACUCCAAAUAAAAUUGAAACCAAGGGAAUGGGCAUUUCAUUAAAUAUUGCAAAAACUAGCAGCAUUUUUAUAGCAUAAGGAACAGAGAAUAUCCCAGUAUCAGACACGUAGUUUUAUUGUAUUAAGGUGUUAUCUGAGCCAUAAGAACUACCAUUUUCUGCCUGACUAAGAUGUGCAUAACCUAGAAAAUCCAGGGACCAGUAUCAAAUACUUUGGAAGGAGUUUCCCAGAUUAUUCAGCUUUUCAAAAAAUCUCAUGUAUAGAGGGACCUCUUAUCCCCAUCAUUUUAAAGCACCAUAUACCAGAUUUCUAAAAGCUGACCUUGAGCACCUGACAGUACAACACAACACUAUUCACCCUGUGCUAUUUGCGUUCUGUUUGCAGACUGCCUGUAGGAUUUGCCAUCAAAGAGCAACCUCCAGCUUACAAAAAGUAACAGGAUGAUGUAUUUAAAACACCGACCAAAAGGAUACAUAGCUAGGAAUCAGGGUAAGGUGUGGAUGAAACUGUAGUUCCUCUGUGAACUGUGGUUAGUGACAACAUCCCAGACCAGACUCUGGGCUGUUAAACAUCCCUAGAGGUUCAUUCCGAGGCAGCUGGGGAGGCAGAUCCAUAAUCAGCUCCCCCGUGGCUACGAGCAGACCCUGCAAUGGGGAAAAGAUCUCGCUAUUGUAGUGUUAGUUGUGAUUAUUUAGACUCCCCCAAAAGGACCUAAUAUUUAAAAUUGCUAAAUAUGCAACUCACUACAGGCACUCACUUUGAAUUCUUAGACCUUUGCAGUUGUUUACUCAGCGUGUUUCAUUUAAUAUCUGCAGCAGGCUGGGAGUGUGCGUACAAAUGAUUGCUGUGCCUCGGCUGCUGAGUACAAGUCAUUAAGCCCUAAUAGCUUGGUUACCUGUAGUUGUUUAUCUGUGAAGCUAUCUUUUGACUUUUCAGGUCAAAUAGCUUAGCCCCACUAGAAAUGUGCUUCAGUGUUGGGUUUGAAACAAAAUUAAGUAUAUAGAAAAAUUUCUGCAAAAUUUUCUAAAUGUGGCACGAGCAAGCAGAAGUAUUUACAUUAUGAGCAGAAGAAGAAGUAAGCAAGCAAAUGUGAUGAACUUGAAAAGUCUAUUAAAAGCUACCUUUGUUUUCUUAAAUUCUAAUAAUUUCAAAUCAUAUCAAACUAAGCCAUUUAUUUUUUACUCACAGCAGCAUACUUAUGCAGAGUAGGAAAGUCAGACUUUAAAUUGUAAUGCUGUAGCAUUUUCAAAUGUGAGAGGUCAUUCAGAGCAUCUGCCGGUUCGUUGCAUCAUUGCUUAAUGUUUCUCUCUUUAAAUUCAUGCCUAAUUCCUCUGGGACCUUAUCCAGAGCCAUCACCAUGCCUGCUCCUGGAGGCCUUAAAUCCUACGCAUUCCCUAUGCCAUGUCAGAAAGCAAAAUUCACCGUUUCUUACAUGCAUUUUGUCUCAUUCUUGUUUGAGUGAGGAAUGGUUUUAUAUUCAGACCCUGAAGAGAAAUGCUCUUAUUCCUUGAAUUAAAAAUGAAACAAAAUGGGGAAAAUAUUCUGAAAAUCUAUCUUCAGUAGGAAAAAAACACCUUUUAUUUAGCACAGAUUUCCUAAAUAUUUUCUAUGCACCCCAAGCCUCUGUUUGCUAAACACAAUUACAAGCAGUUUACAUCAGCAAGGUGCCAGCAAACAAGCGUGGCCUCAGCCCCGUCCUACACGCAUAUAGUCAUUUCACCAGCCAGCAGCAAAACGUGUUCAGCAGACUGCUGUGUCCCUGUUCUCUGUCAUAAAAUGAAUCACUGGUAAAUACCAUUCUGGCAAAAUUCAGUGCGGAACAGGAAACUUGAUGUCACUGUAAUAGCUUUAAAGGGCAAAUUCAAUUGUCCCUGUGCAAAUAUAAGUAGUGGAAGGCUGAGCUUGAGUUGAACAGAAAAUUACAUGAUUAACAGAUAAUUUAAAGUGGAAAAGGCACAGUGACUUAUUCGAUGACUUUCUGUAGCACAAACAAGGUUGCCAAGGGGCAGAAAUAUUGUUGACAAUAGAAGCAACGUUAAAGGUAAGCAUAGACCUUCUGAAGACCUUCUGUUAUAUUUUUCUAUAGCAUCUAAUUCCUGAAGGCAUGCAGUAAAACUUUGAGUUACUAACAUAUUACAGUACUGCUGGAGACGUAGAGCAAGACGAGAAAGGGAGACCAGGAGCUGUAUUUAAAUCUCUGAAACAAAGGUAUGAUUCUCAAGUGCUAGAAGGUAAAGGAGGAUGAGUCUUAUUAGGGAAGCACAUAUUAAUUUAAUUUUUUUUCUUUUACAUUUUUUUGGUUGCCUAUACUUUUGUUUUGACUUUUUUUUCCUGGUUAAACUGAUCUGCCUCCACAAACAAAACUUUUUUCUGAUACCCUGGCAUGAGUUAUAUACUGAAUUUGGAAGUGUGCUUACUGGGAUGAAUUAACAAAGUAGAUUUCUGUGCAUCCCAGCACAACUGUUGUACAUCUGGCAAUUCUGCCCAUCCAGCAAUUGAUCUGCCUAAACCGAGACAGCAGAGACUUGAGGCUCUGGGAUCCAGCACUGAGGGAAUUCUCAGCCUAUCAGAUUUCCUGCUAUCAUGCUUCAUUUUAGAAAAUAGGCUCUAGAUUAUAAAGAUGUUUCUGGGUUUUUCCAUUUUAAUGAGAGCAGAACUUUCAGGCUGCUCAGCCAGACAUGGAGAAGUAUCCAAUUCUCACUAAAAAUUCCAGCACUGCAGAACAGGCCAUAAACUAAUUUGCUGUCAGGAAGUACUGAAAAUGACGUGUCUUAUUCUCCUCUCUUUAUCUUAUGUUCCCUCUUUAUCUGGAAGAAGACUUCCAGAGUGAAACAUCUUGGGUCAAUUCACUGCCUAAAAUUUGUGCAGUUAUCUCUUGUUCACCACGUAGAGGCAGAAAAUGGGCUAAGUUGAAGUUCAUAAUGAGAAAUGAGUGUACUUCAUCUGAAAUGACUUACCAUUUGGUUUCAAACAUUUAAUAUUUACGUGCUCAAUUUUUUGUGAAAAAAAAAAAAAAACAACAACAAUAUUCACAAUACCAACAUGAUCACAGCCAGAAAGAUAAAACUUCAGUAAAACCAUCUUGUAAAUGAGAUAUAAAUGCACUCCCAAGGCUCUUAUCUGUAGACCACAAAAUUUUGCAAAAACAUACAUGUAUGGGCUAACUUAUAUAUGGGGUAACUUAUUUGUGUUGGGUCCCUUUACUUCAUGCCAUAGCUGCAUACAAUGUUUGAAAUAAGGAGCAGGACUGCACACUCUGCUCUAUAAACAGUCAGUUAGACCACUGAUACUUAGAAGUAAUUUUAAAUAUUAAUUCAGAGAUGGGAAAGAAAAUGAUAUUUAAAAUGUAGAAGCACUCUCUCAAAUGAAAAAGUUGGGAUGUGAGCAGAAAAAAAUGCAAACUAAUGAGCUCCACUGGACAGGCUGCAGCCAGGUGUUGGGAAUAUGCUGAGCGUGUCUGGAGAAGCUGUUGUACAGACCAGAGUGGGCAGCGGACACAAUUACAAAUGUGCAGAGCAGGAAAGGAGAAUUGUGCAACAAUGCUUUACAUAGCAUGAGCAGACGUACCACUCAAUUAUUAAGUAAUGGUGGCCCUAUAAAAGAAACUGAAAUAUUUUGUGGUUUGGAGUUUGUUUGUUUGUUUGUUUGUUUUUGUGCUAGUGAGUGAUUUUGCUUUAUGUGUGUGUAUCUCUUGAAGCAUGUAAAUGUAUAUCCUUGGGUUGUUGAGGUUUUUUUCAUAUCUGGUCUACUGCCUCUAUUCAUUCCCCCCAGAAACCAAACAUUCCGUUCUGUUAAUCAAUUUAUUCAAAAUUUCUUAUUUCCAAAACAUAUUUUAGAGUUCUGAAAUCUCUCAAAGACAGAAGGAAAUAGGACUUUAGCUCACCGUAUUACAAUACAAAAUGUCAAUUAUUUCAGGUUUUUUCUUUGAAAUGACACCAUCUGGUGUACAUAAGUGAUUAAUUAGUUAUGUUUAUUGCAUUAUCUUUAUUCCAUUUAAUUAAAAAAAUGAGUAUUUGUUGUAUAAGCCAUGAUUAAGAAAAAAAAAAAAUAGAUGCUGAAAUCUGUUUUUCCCUUUAUAUGUAUUGGAAAAUCCAAGAAAAUUAAUGAAAUGUUAUGCAAUAAGAUUGGGGCUUUUAAUUUUAAUUCAAGUAUUUUGGCAUCUUUCUUAAUAUAUUAGUUAAAUACUAGUCCUGUUUCAACAGAAACAUGAGUAAUGACUUAGGCUGUUAAAGAUAACAUUCCAUAUAUAACUUAUGAUUUCAAAUUAAGAGGAUUUAAAGUUCUCAGAAUGUACUCAGGUUUCAUGUAUCUGAGAAAAAAAUUGAGACAUUAUUCUUUGUGAAAGUGGUAAGUAGAAACAAGGGAAAGCUAACUGACUUCUCCAUGUUUGACAAAAGUCAUUGUUGUGUCCUUGACAGUUGUAUUAAUAGCAUUCCCACGUGUACUUUUAUAUCAAAAUUUGCAGGAAUUUCUAUCUCAAAUACCACAAUAAAUUUGUCCACAAACACCGUCAUUAACAGAGCUAGACACGACAGCUCUGGGAAUAUCCAUCCCAAAUGACGAGUUUGAAAUUUGCAACCAUUGCAUCUCCUCCCACACAUCAUGUGAUCUUGUUUGCAAAGUAAAAGGCAAUGUAGACUUAUUGGUGAAAACUUGAAAAAGUAUAUUAUGGAAGUGAAGUGUGGCAGUUUUUCAUGAAAUUAGUGCUUUUGUCCGGUGUGUGAAUGUCACCAACAAUGAUGUCUACAGUUGGUUCACAUUCCGAUCAACAACCCACAAUAGAACACAAGACUGAUUGCUGCCUACAAUUGUUCAUUAGGAAAAGAGUAUAUUUCAGGUAUUCUUUUUAAUGACUUAUUUUUCUCACCCAAAGAAGAAAAAUACAUGAAUAUCCAGUAGACACAUAAUACGAGAUUUUUUUAAACCUUUUCCAGACUGAUGCCUUUGAAAGUCAAUGGGCAUCCGUGGAAUUCCCUUAAGAAUGCAGAGAUUCUAGGACUAAAUCAUCACUGGUGACAUUAACACUCAAGUUUUCCCCUCAAAUUGCCUUUUUUUCUUUUUUCUACCUUGGAAAUCUUUCUUUGUUGAAAGGGAAAGAUCAUAUUUUCCUCAGUAAUUGACAUAAAUUUUGAAGUAUUUAAUAUAUUGAAGUCUCUGGCACAGGAAGAAAAAUCAAAGUGAGCUACCCUAGGUAAUUACCACAAGAUAUGAAGUUUUAAAGCUUUGCACAAGAUAAACUCAGAGGUUCUUUUUUAAGAAGAAAAACAUUUUAAUUAAUAUACUCUAUCGUGACCAAUAACUAUUUCUUAUUAAAUAUUUCCUGACAGUCCACUAACUCUGUCCUAAAAUUGCUUUACAAUUUUCAGCAGAUCAUAACAGACAUAAACCUAAAGAGAUAUCAGAGUUCUAUACAGACACUUAGAGGCUGUUUGAAUGUUCAUCUUGUCCACGUGGCAAUUAAAUGUUUAUUGAUUUUCAACAAGUUUUUGCAUAUCGCAAGUUUCGGUCCCUUUUAUUGGAAGGUUUUAUUGAGGGCCAAAAUAUUGGGCGCAAAAAUGAUGCAGUAAAUGUGAUCGUCCUAAUGUAGGGAACUACUUACAGGUGAUCCCCUAAUUAACAAAAAAAGAAAAAUUAAUACUAUUUUAUCUAUUCGUAAUGUUUCACAUCUAAAUGAUAUCGAUUGUAUAUUUUGUUAUACAUUUUAUGUAUUUCAGUUGGCAAAUUAAAAAAGGAAUUUGAAAUGCAGUAAUUUUUGUGUGUGUAGCUUUGCUUUUAUUCUUUUCUUUUUUUUUUUCUAAAUUGGAAAUGCAGCCUUGCAACAUGUGCAUGAUUGUAGAUUUACAUAGUGUAAAAGUACUGUAAUUUGAUCUGUUCAGUUCAGGAAUAAAAAAUUGAUUUAAUAAGUAGUAAAGGUUAAACUAGGAAGUAAUAUAAAGGCAGAGUGUAUAUAUUUUGCACUUUUAAAUAACCUUUUAUAACAAGAGAAACUAUUAUCGUACAGUAUACUGUAAUUCCACUUUCUCGUGAUACUCUUGCUAUUGUCACAGUGUUGUCUUUACAUCUGGAUACGAAUAGUUUGUAUAUGUACACAUUUGCAAAGUGAUUUCUAUAAUGGAGUAUGUGUUCCCUGUCACUGUUAUUAACAUCCAACUGGAAAAAUAUUCACCAAUUAUUUUUUUUAUAAAUUAUGAAUGUACAGUGUAAAUUAGUAAAUCAAAUAUUGUAGCAAUGAAGAGAUGCACUUUAAAAAUGUAAAAGUGGUUAUCUCCAAGAGUGUUAUUUUGUAUAGAUGUUUUUGAAUAAAUUAUUUAUUGCUCA